UUGAACCUACCCAUGUGUUUUGUGUUUACGUUAAAAAGUUUUGAAAAAGUAAAAUAAAACCAAGUUCCCCUGCAGUUACACAGCAUGAAUCUGAUACUAAUGAAGCUUUGACUCAUUUAUACAGCUUAAACCAACAAAAAUGGACGUCGAGCCAUGCACAGUAUGUGGGAACAAAGAUCUGAAUCUUGUAGAUGGGUUCUACUACUGCUCCGAGUGUGGCACGCAGGACAUGACCAUCAGGGAAACCAUUAUCGAAGGCAUCGAGUUAGGAGACGGGAAAUUUCAAGCUUCAACAAAGAAGAAGAUCAAUAGAAAGAAACCAAAAUUGUUGAUGAGCAAAGAAUGGAAUAAGUGGCACGCAUACAACUUCAUCCUCAGUGGCCUCUGUGAUGAGCUGAUAGCACUCGGAGCCAGUCCAAGCUUGAAAUCCAAAGUGCUAUGGGUCUGGACUCGAUACAUUAAGAAAUUUCACAAUCGGGAGGAAUAUGAAACACAUACUGCAUCAAAGCGCAAUACUUUGUUGGUUGCUCAAGAUGAUGAUGAUGAAGACCUAGAUUCAGAAAAAACACAGAAAAGUAAGUCAGAAGUUGAAACAGAUACUAAAAGCAUAAGAACUAUGUCAUUCUCCAUAUUGUAUGGUAUACUGUAUGUUUCACUAAACCUUGAUAAGAGUCCCAUUCUACUAUCUCACUUCAUGAGGUACAUCAAGGAGGGACGGUUAAGCUUCUUCAGUGCUGCAAAGUAUCUCCCGAGUGAUAUUAAUGUGAAACAUAUCCCGCAGUGGCCUGAGUUCUUAAACUCACUGAAAAUCAUGACCAGAUACUCAUUCUUACGAACAUGUUUUGCAUUAUUCAAGACCCUGGACUUGGGUUCUCCCUGGAUACCGGAUCUGAAAGAGAUUGCCAAUGAAUUCAUUAAAGAGCUUUGCCUUCCAAAAGAUUUCAGGAAUCUAGUGUUUUCACUGAUGGAGCUAUUGCCAUACAAUAUUAGACUGUCAGAUAGUGUUUUCCCUGAUUUUGAGACCAGAGUUAUGGCUUAUAUUUUAUUAGCACUAAAAUUGUGCUUUGGCCUUGAUGAUGAUUAUGACAAAUUACUGUCUGAUGUUGUUGAUGAAGUAAAUGAAAAGGAAGAACAUUUAAAAUGCUACAGAGUAGGGUUAAGUGAACAUACGGAAAGGUUGUUUUCCUUUAGAGAAUGGUUGACUUACUUGGAAUUUAGGAAAAUUGUGCUCUGUAAAUUUUACCAGCCAAUGGCAUCAAAGCAUCAGUUUAAUGAAGAAGAUUUUCUAGUCACAGAAUUACUGAAAGACAAAGUGGUUGAAAAGGAAGCUAAAAGAGUAGUAGACCAACUUUCUUUUGAGUUAUUAAACACUAUACCUUUACAAAACAACUUCACAAUUGUUUCUAAAGAAGACUUUCCUGUUUCAUUAACACCUUUGACUGGCUAUACAGAAUUUAUAUUACCACGAAUAAAAGACCAGCACAUGAGAUUAUUACUGAGUGAAGACUUCUCUAGAUACUCUUUAAAAUAUGCCUGUUUAGAUUUAACUCUAAAUGAUUGUAAUAAUGAAAAUGUUAUCAAAGGCGUUACUGAUAAUAAUAAGAAGUUUAACGAUCUUGACAUGUUUAAAGUAAAUAAUGAUGAAGUUAAUAAAAGGCUAGUUUUUGUCAAAGAUGACGAAACCAAAGAUUGGAUAAAAGAAUACAAAAAUGAAUGUCACUUAUAUAAAAAACUAGAUAAACGGAGAUCUCAAGAUUCUGAUGAUUCAGAUAGUGAAGACGAUGUCCCAUUAGCUUCACUUGUCAACAAACAUGUUGAUGAAAAUGCAAACCAAAAUCAAUUAAAUGAACUUAAAAUUGAAAGAAUCGAUGAAUUAGAAGAAGGAAAAUGUAUUUUUAAUGAUUACUUUGAUGAUAUCAAAGAAGAGAAACCUGAUGUAGAUGAAGUUAUGCCGCCUCUAGUAUUUGACUUUAGCAGAUCUCAAUUAUCAAAUAGCAUUUUUAACGACUCUAAAGAUGAUAUUGAUAACCAAAGAAAUAGUAUGUUCUCGCCUCAGCAACCAUCCAUCCAUGAAGCUACCAUUAUUGAACAAUUUGACCCUUCAACUUUUGACAGAGAUCAAGUUAUAAAGGAUUUAAUUUUGAGAGCAUGCAAAAAAUAUAAAAUUCCUGUCCCAUACAAAUAUAAUGAUAAAAGGCCAGUAAAAAGAAAAUUAGAUGCUCCAACUGACAGAGUAUUCGUUAAACGAAGAAAAGAUCCUGCAAAAUAUGGAAAAGUUAAUGACAUAGUAUCAGCAUACUAUUCAAUAUAUCCCACAGAAGAUGAUGUAAAUAAUCUUCAAACGAAUUCUAAUGUAACCUUAAAUGACAUGAAUGCUGAUAACAUAGAAAUUGAUACAAUAGAACCAAAUAAUAGUAUUGAUAAUGAUGCAAAUGAGAAUUUAGAUAUUGCACCCUUAGAAAAUCUAAAUGAGAGCAAUAAUGAAGCAGCAGAAACCACGAAUGUAGUUAAUGAUGAGACUAUUUGCAAUGUAGUUCCACCAUUAGAAGACUUCAAUUUUGAUUUCUUUGACGAUGAUGCUGUCAUUGAAGAUAUAGUUUCAAGAGAAAUAAACGAAUUUCACUACAAUAAAAAGGGAAAAUUACAAUUACUAAAGGACAAACUGUUAAAUAAAUUCGAUAGUAAAAAAACUGAAAUGAUGAUGAAAGACAAAAAAGCGACGGUAAAAAAAGCCAUAGAAAACCGGAAACAGAUGAAACAUUUAUUGGAAACUUCAAAGCGAAUUAAAAGGUUUCAAUAUUAUUUCAGUAAGCACAAUUACAUUGUGAACCAUUCGAUAAAGAUUAUGUACAUGUUUGAACAAAAAUUGAAAACACAUUUCCCUAAAAGUUUCAAGUAUGUUCUCACAACUUGUGCGGAUAUUCUGGAAACGUCCGCUUACCAUCUCUACUGUUAUUUCACGUUAUUAGAAAGAAGAGUUGUAAAUCAAUUUUCUCGUUAAUAAAAUCUUUUUAUAAAUCCAUUUCGUUUUAAUUGAUCUCGUUUAUCUCAGCUUCUAAUACUACGGUUAUGAAUAGAGUUAGUGGGUAAUAUAUCAAUUUUCUUCUUAGCUUGUCAGUGGCAAAACACAAAAACUAGAACUGUAUUGGUAGGUACUGUGGUGAAAGGACUAGACAGUCAGAUUAGUUAAGAUCGGUUUUAGCGAUAACUUAUUGGGCACUUGAGUCAUACACUAGAAUAUACUUGAGUAUCAACAGUGGAUCGUGUUGUUCUAUAGGCAUACAUUCUGUCUUUAGUCUCAAAUAUUUAUUAAAUACAGACAUUUUUAUAAAUUCGGUCUAAUAGUCUUAAAUGUUACCAAAAAUAACAAUGGGCAGGUUAUAUUGGUGAAAAGAGAGUUGCAUUACACAUCACGUGUAAUUCAACUCUGUCUACACAGGGUUAGGUUAGUAGUUAAUAAGGAGGAGCACAUUUGUGGAUCGUUAAUGAUCAAUGUUUACUGUCAUUCAGUAAUCAUCGAGUCCAUAGACUAAUAUUGUGAUCGAGUCUUCAAAUAAAUAAAGAAAUACCUACACAAGAAGACAUAGCAAAAGGAAUGUUUCUGAAGAGCGUGUUGGCUCCAUUGCUGCGGCGGCCCCCGAUGGUGGGGCGAGUGGUGGUGCCGGCUCGCAGCUGGACCCAAGUGGGUAACGUCGUCAGCACUCCACCCAGGGUUCAAUGCAGCUUUGCCGAAAAGAUGGUGCACGGCUUUAUUAUGAUGUUCAUUUGGUUAUCUCCAAUAUGUUUCUUCCUGAGCCAGCUUAAAGUUUGGAGACGAACGUACGUGGAAGACUGAAUCAGAAUUUAGAAAAUAAAUAAACUGUCGGUGAUGGAAUAAA